AUCUCACCAGUGAGUGCCUGAGAACACAAGUUCUUCUGGUCAGGACUUGUGUUGGAUCUUCUACCAACCGCGAGACAAGCUCAGAAUCCCGGGAGCUCCCUGUUCUGGACUGUGGGACCUAAUGACUUCUAAGAUGUUAGCUGGCCUCCUUCCUCUGUGUAUCUGUCUGCUGCUCACAUCUGGGCAGGCCAAGGCAGGCAGGCUGCUGGUGGUGCCCAUGGAUGGGAGCCACUGGUUCGCCAUGAAACCAGUGAUGGAACAGCUGGCUCAUAGAGGGCAUGACUUAGUCGUAGUCAUGCCUGAGGUGAGUUGGCAUCUGGAAAAAUCAUCCAAUUUUACUUUCAAGACCUACUCACUCUCUUAUUCUCUAGAAGAUUUGAAUCGUGAAUUCAAGACAUUCGCUGAUUUUCAAUGGAAAACUCGAGAACGAAACUUACUUUCAUUAUGGCUGGGUUCAUCCAGCAAAAUUUUUGAUUACUUUUUCUCACACUGUAAGGGUGUUUUCAAUGACAAAAAGCUGAUAAAAUACUUAAAAGAGACUCCUUUUGAUGCAAUGUUUAUAGAUCCUUUUGAUAUGUGUGGUUUGAUUUUAGCCAAGUAUCUGUCCCUCCCAUCUGUGGUCUUCACCAGGGGAGCAUUUUGUCAUUACCAGGAUGAAGGGACACAAUGCCCAAGUCCCCUGUCUUAUGUUCCUAGAAAUCUCUUAGGUUUCUCGGAUACCAUGUUUUUCUGGGAGAGAGUGCAGAACCUCUUCUUCUACGUGCAGGAACAUUUAUUUUGCCCCUAUUUUAUGAAAGUGGUUUCAGAUAUUGCCUCUGAGAUUUUCCAGACUACUGUCACCCCCUAUGACCUCUACAGCCAACCAUCAAUCUGGCUUUUACGGACUGAUUUUGUGUUGGACUUUCCCAGACCUGUGAUGCCCAAUAUGGUUUUCAUCGGAGGGAUCAACUGCCAUCAGGGAAAGGCUUUGACAAAGGAAUUUGAGGGCUACGUCAAUGCUUCUGGGGAGCAUGGGGUUGUGGUCUUCUCCAUGGGCUCCAUGGUCUCUGAGAUUCCAGAGAAGAAAGCCAGGGAAAUUGCUGAGGCCUUGGGCACGAUACCUCAAACGGUUCUGUGGAGGUACACUGGAACUCCACCCUCAAAUCUUGCCAAGAACACAAAACUUGUCAAGUGGCUGCCUCAGAAUGAUCUGCUUGGUCACCCCAAGACGCGUGCCUUCAUUACACAUUCUGGCUCCCAUGGAAUAUAUGAAGGAAUAUGCAAUGGCGUGCCCAUGGUAAUGCUGCCUCUCUUCGGAGACCAGAUGGACAAUGCAAAACGCAUGGAGUCCAGGGGAGCUGGUGUGACUCUGAAUGUCCUGGAAAUGACUUCCGAAGAUUUAUCUAAGGCCCUGAAAGCUGUCAUCUAUGAUAAAAGCUACAAGGAAAACAUCAUGCGUCUCUCCAGCUUGCACAAGGAUCGCCCCAUAGAGCCCUUGGAUCUGGCUGUGUUCUGGGUCGAGUUUGUCAUGAGGCACAAGGGCGCACCACACUUGCGCCCUGCUGCCCACGACCUCACCUGGUACCAGUACCACUCUCUGGACGUGAUUGCCUUCCUCCUGUCCAUCGUACUGGGUGUUCUUUUCAUCACCUACAAAUGCUGCGCCUUUGGCUGCCGGAAGUGCUUCGGGAAGAAAGUGCGUGGGAAGAAAGCCCACAAGUCCAAGACAAAUUGAGAAGGGCUGCAAGGUGAUAGGCAGACCCCAUCACUGUCCACUCCUCAAAAAAGACCUGUGUCAUGAAUUUUGUCACCCCGGGGUAGUUCAAUGGAAAUAAGCCAGAAAAUCUUGAGCCAUAAAUUACUAGUGGCCAUUUGGACACAUUUUCUGCGCCUCCAGUUACUCCAACCUGUAUCACACUUGGAAAUUUUUACUUGACCUCUGAGAGGUCUGGGAAGGUCUCCAAGCACGUUCUGACCCAGAAAUGGGAUCAGUUGGGGGUUGUGGCUGUUUCCACCUUGGAUGAAAGUCCUGAUAUCAUCUCCUGGCUUUAGAGAGGCCUGAGAUGGAGCCAAUAAUGACAGGUGGCAUCAAGCUUCCUAGACGUUGGUUGCUACUAGAAAAAUAAAAUAAAAUAAAAUGAAAUGAAAAGCUACUCCCUCCUCUAGAGUAAGUUGUUAGUAAAUGAUGAGGGGUGUGGUGUGAGAUUUCUGGCUAUAGGGGAGUGAAAAUACGUGUGGUGUGUCGUUGAAGAGGGCAGUGCCUGUGAUGGUGAUCUUUGUGGGUUUGUACCCAAUAGAUCAAUUGUGUGAUGAGUCAGAAAGGAUGGUGUCUGAUAUGGAUUGUUCAACUCACAGAGUUCCCACAAUAAGAACAUAUUAAUAAAUUCUUGAAAUUCUC